CCCAAAUGCAUAAUAUGUGGCCGCUAUGGUGAGUAGUCUGCAAUAAACCGAUGACGACAUGUGUAGCUUGGACUGCAAGCAAACGCUACUCGUGCAUUGCCAAGGCCCGGAGCUCUGCUGCCAUCGAUAAGAUACCUGGAAAGGAUGGGUGCUUUUAUGUUUCUGAUGGAAGAUCAGAAUCUCCAGUCUUUAUCAGCUUAUCAUACUGAAUUGCUGAGGAUGAAACUCGGCGUUCAUGUUAGGGGAAAUUUAGCUCCACCUGCAAUUUUACCAUUCUCGCUGCAAUCUCCAUUUCUGAAGCUAUUGAACAACGUAGAAUCAGCAGGGUUCGAUUUGCCUACCCCGGUCAAGAUGCAGGUGAUUCCAUUGCUUUUAAUGGGAAGAGUCCUCUCGCUUCUGCUGACCCUGGGGUAAGGGAAAACCGCUUCCUUUCUCAUUCCAGUCAUCUCCCAUUGUGCAGCAUUUCGCCUUGCACAAAAUGCUAUAACAGUGAGAAGAAGCCAUUGUCAGUCGUACUAAAACUGGCUAGAGAGCUCUGCAUACAAGUGGAAGAUCAAGCCAUGUUGCUUGCCAAUCAAGACUGCUCUUGUUGUCGGUGGUGAUCCCUGUGUCCGGACAAAUCCACCACCUUCAUCAAGGUAUCAAGCUGAUCGUGGCUACUCCAGGGAGUCUGAUUGAUCCCCUAGCAAAGCAGGAUAUCGAGUUAGACGAUGUCACGAUGUUUGUGGUUGAUGAAAUGGACUGCAUGCUUCAUAAGGGGUUUCGAGGCCAGGUCAUGCAUAUUUUCCUCAGUCUGGCUCAACUGCAGGUUUUGAUGUACUCAGCUACGAUCUCUGAUUCAGUCGAGAACUGGCUAGCUCGAUGUCUACAGACGUUGUUUCAAUCUCCAUUGGCCAGCCUAACAAGCCUAGUAUGGCAGUGAAACAGGUGCCGAUCUAGGUCGAGACCAAGCAGAAGAAGCAGAAGCUUUUCGAUGUUCUAUCAAGCAAGCAGCAUUUCAACCCACCAGCCGCGUGAUCUACCUGGGGUCCAUGGUGUGAAGUCGAUGAUGGAGAGGAAAGAAGUGAUGAGGGAAUUCUCGAUGGGGGGAAGCUCUGGUGAUCGUUCUGGGUCGAAGAGUUGAUCGGUUGGGUGUUGGGCAGGUUAUAGUGUUUGACAUGCCGUAUUCCAUCAAGGAAUAUGUUCAUAUGAUCUGCAGGGCUUCUCGGAUGGGGGUGGAAGGCAAAGCGAUCAAUCGAUCUUGUUCGUCAAUGAAGUGAGCAAGACAUUGUUCCCGGAGUUUGUCGAGGUACUCUAGUCUUCCGGAGCUGCUGUACCUCGUGACCUUGCCAUUUCCCGGCCCUUUUUUUCAUGCAGGGCCAGCCCAGCCCAUCUAGCGGCAAAGAAACGCCAGCCGCGGGCCCACUAUCCGGAAAAAGCAAGCCGGUGUCCACGUGUCAAGCAUCUACGCGUGCAAGUGGAAAGGCGGGAAAGAAUCUUCCCCGUAUACCACGUGGCCUCGUACACUUGCCCAUCAAGGCAACAAAAAAAGAGAAAAGAAAGAACGGCUGGAAUUUGGAAACCUCCAGAUCAACAACGCUCAUUUGCUCUCACCCCUUUCUCAUUUCAUCAGAGACGACGUUUGAAUCCAGAAACUCUCUAUCCCUCUCUCUCUUUCACUACUCGCUUCGAGGAACUGUUGAAUCGGCGGCGAGAAACAGAGUCGACGGGAUAUCCUCCGGAGAAUUUGAAAGAUGAAAGCGAUCAAGCUGUUCGAGAGAGCUUCUCGAACGUAUAGUGACAGCUCGUCGUUCUCUAAGCUGCUUGUGGUAUUCACCGUCAGUGGUGGAGGCCUUUUGGCUUAUGCGGACGCGAACUCAACGAGUCCGAUUGCUCCACCUGAGAUCAAGAAGAAGCGCGUUGUUGUUCUCGGAACCGGAUGGGCAGGGACGAGCUUCCUGAAGCAAUUGGACAAUCCUUCCUACGACGUUCAAGUGAUUUCGCCACGGAAUUACUUCGCAUUCACUCCUCUGUUGCCUAGUGUCACUGUUGGUACAGUGGAGCCACGCAGCAUCGUGGAGCCAAUUCGUAACAUCGUCAAGAAGAAGAAUGUUGACGUCCAUUACUGGGAAGCUGAGUGUUUCAAGAUCGAUUCCCAGAGCAAGAAGGUUCACUGCCGUUCCAACCAGAACAUCGAUGGGAAAGGGAAGGAAGAAUUUGUGGUGGAUUAUGACUACCUUGUCAUAGCAAUGGGUGCCCGUCCCAACACUUUCAAUACUCCUGGUGUCGUCGAACAUUGCAAUUUUCUCAAGGAAGUUGAAGAUGCUCAAAAGAUCCGUAGAUCUGUUAUCGAUGCUUUUGAGAAGGCAAGCUUGCCUAGUCUGAGCGAUGAAGAGAGGCAGAAGAUGUUGCAUUUUGUGGUGGUUGGCGGUGGGCCCACAGGGGUGGAGUUUGCUGCAGAACUCCAUGAUUUUGUGAAAGAGGAUCUGGUCAAGUUGUAUCCUGCAGCUGGGAAGUAUGUCAAGAUAACACUGCUUGAGGCAGCGGAUCAUAUUCUAACCAUGUUUGACAAACGAAUUACAGAAUUUGCUGAAGACAAGUUCAAAAGAGAUGGCAUAGAUGUGAAACUAGGGUCAAUGGUUAUCAAAGUUUCUGACAAGGAAAUCUCCACGAAAGCCAGGGUUAAUGGGCAAGUUGCUACUAUGCCUUACGGAAUGGUGGUCUGGUCGACUGGAAUUGGAACUGAUCCAGUUGUAAAGGAUUUUAUGAAGCAAGUUGGCCAGCAGGAAACCAGGCGUGUUUUAGCAACUGAUGAAUGGCUGCGAGUUGAGGGAACUGAUAGCAUUUAUGCCCUUGGUGACUGUGCUACAAUUAACCAGCGCAGAGUCAUGGAAGACAUUGACUCAAUAUUCAAGAAGGCAGACAAGGACAACUCUGGUAAACUCACGGUGAAGGAACUUCAAGAAGUGGUCGACGACAUCUGUGAAAGGUACCCUCAAGUGGAUCUCUACCUGAAGACAAAGAAACUCCGGAACAUUGCGGAUCUUCUGAAGGACGAUUCGAAAAGCUCUGUCGAAAUCAGCAUCGAAGAGCUCAAAGCAGCGCUGAAAGAAGUUGACGCCCAGGUCAAGAACCUCCCAGCAACAGCUCAGGUUGCAGCUCAGCAGGGUGCCUACCUUGCGAAAUGCUUCAACCGGAUGGAAGAAGCUGAGAAGAAUCCUGAAGGACCACUCAGGUUCAGAGGAGAAGGCCGCCAUCGUUUCCGUCCCUUCAGGUACAAGCAUUUCGGGCAAUUUGCUCCAUUGGGAGGGGAACAAACGGCAGCUCAGCUUCCAGGCGAUUGGGUGUCAAUCGGCCACAGCACUCAGUGGCUCUGGUACUCCGUCUAUGCAAGCAAGCUGGUGAGCUGGCGCACCAGAUCUCUGGUGGUGACUGACUGGGUGAAGCGGUUCAUCUUCGGAAGGGACUCCAGCUCCAUUUGAGCCUCCGUUCCCACUUUAUUAAGCCACCACAAGAAGAAAGUUUUGCACUCGUUAGUCGUUUUACAUGUUGCUGUUUGGUUCCACGCUGGACGAUAUUGCUUUUUAGGAAAUAAUUCCGCGCUCUGUUUUUUUGUUUUACGAUGAGGGGGAAACGGAGGAUUCGUCGCUGUUCAGUUGAAGAUCUAAUCCAUUUGUGGAUAGUGUCGAGACAAAUUUCUUUUUAUCGGAAGGGUUCAAGAGGGUUGAGGCCAAAAUUGCCGGUGGGAAUUUUGAGGCUUUUUUUGUGUGGAAGAGCAGGCUGCAUGUCAUACACGCGCUCUAAAACAGUAAAUGACCGAGGCAAAAGUUGGAUAUUGUAGUAGGUGG